AUGAGUAAAGAGCCUAAAAACAGCCCUAGUGGCUCUUCUACUUUGAGCUUUCAAGAUCUUAGUAUCAACUCUAGUCCUAGUACAGAUUUGAGUGUAAGCACCGUUAGUGGCUCCAAUAACUGUUCCACUUGUAAAGCCAGUGAUAGUGGUAUUGAGGAGAAAGAAGAAUGCGAGGGAAGUGAGAAAACUAGUUUAAGUUCUUCUAGUUAUUGUUAUAGUGUAGACCCAAAUGAGGCUAAAGUUAGGACGUUUUGCCCUUCAAAGCCGCAUAAAGCCAAUGAUAUCAGAUGGGAUGCUAUUCAAUCUGUAAAGGCUAGAGAUGGAGACUUGAGUUUAUCCCAUUUUAGGCUUUUGAAGAAGCUUGGAUUUGGGGAUAUUGGGAGUGUGUAUUUGGCGGAGUUGAGGGGAAUGGGUUGUUUGUUUGCUGUCAAAGUUAUGGAUAAAGGAAUGCUUGUUGGAAGAAAGAAGCUGAUUAGAGCUCAAACCGAAAGGGAGAUCUUGAGUUUGUUGGAUCACCCUUUUCUUCCCACCCUUUAUUCGCAUUUCGAAACCGAGAAGCUCUCAUGUUUGCUUAUGGAGUUUUGCAGUGGUGGAGAUCUUCAUAUUCUUCGCCAGCGUCAAUCCGGCAAGCAUUUCUCUGAACAAGCAGCAAGAUUCUAUGCUUCUGAAGUACUUCUCUCUUUAGAGUAUCUUCACAUGAUGGGUGUGGUAUACAGAGAUUUGAAGCCAGAAAACGUUUUGGUAAGAGAAGAUGGUCAUAUUAUGCUGUCUGAUUUUGAUUUAUCAUUAAGGUGUUGUGUAAGCCCAAGACUAGUUAAGUCUACAAAUGAGCCAUCUUGCACAGCCACUUCUUACUGUAUUCAGCAAUCAUGCAUCGACCCUUCUUGCAGACUACCUGCUUGUGUCGAGCCCACUUGCUUUCAGCCAUCAUGCUUCAAACCCCGUCUUUUCAAUUCUUCUAAAACAUCGAAACCCAAGACAGAAAGAACAAAUGCCGUAAGCUUAGAUUCACGUCCUGUACUUAUAGUAGAGCCAACUGCAGCUAGAUCCAUGUCAUUUGUCGGGACCCAUGAGUAUUUAGCACCCGAGAUCAUUAGAGGAGAUGGGCAUGGGAGUGCUGUUGAUUGGUGGACAUUCGGUAUAUUCUUGUAUGAAUUGCUUCAUGGGAAAACACCAUUUAAGGGAAAUGGAAACCGAGAGACGUUAUUUAAUGUCGUUGGCCAGUCUCUAAAGUUCCCCGAGGGAUCAAACAUUAGUUUUGCUGCAAAGGAUUUGAUCCGGGGUCUUCUUGUCAAAGACCCACAGAAAAGAUUAGGAUACAAAAGAGGUGCAACAGAGAUCAAACAACACCCGUUCUUUGAAAGCAUAAAUUGGGCUCUUAUCCGUGGCAUUCAUCCUCCCGAGAUUCCAAAACCAGUUGAUCUUUCGUUCUUGAAUCAAACGAUCAAGUCAACGUUGCCUCAAAACGACAAGAAAGCCUCCGAUUCAGAUAGAUCCUCAGGUCCUUACUUAGAUUUUGAAUUCUUUUAG